AUGGCCUCAAUAAUUGCCAAUGAAAUGCCUCUGGACAGCAUGAAAGCUGCUGCUGUGGAGGUCACGGCUGUUGAAUCUACCAUCGGGUCGAGUUCUGCAAGCAUUAGCGAAAGCGACAUUGAAUCCUCCCAGUCAUCCGACAAUGAGUCGCUGAAAAGAGCUCAGCAAAAGCUCGAAAUCUUCCCUGUGCUGCCCACAUCGGUCUAUCAACCGUGGGCUAGCAGUCACAGUGUUGUCCAAUGGGUAGAUAUUUCGCAAUCUACCCAGGCAGAUCUGAAAGCCUCAUCGAUUGGUGCUUGGGCAGUGCUUCUUGGAAGAUACUCCGCUUUGACAACAGAUGUCGUUUUUGGUAUCUCCAGCGAGGCAACCAGCGAGGCAACAUGCUCUGCAAGAGCGCUUCGCGUGACCUGGGACGCGGCAAUGAAACCAGCAAGUCUGCUAGAGCUGGUCCAGAAAGAAAUCGACAGCAAAGAGGAAGCUCCGUUCGAUACAACGCUUCGAACCGCUGUUGUGAUCAGUACCAACGAAAACAAAGCAAUUCCGCAACAACAUGCUCUAGUUCUGACUAUUCUACACACGACACAUACCACGAUCCGGGUAUCUGCCCGAUUUGACCAAAACCUCUUGGACGCUCGUCAGGUGGACCGCAUUGUUCACCAAUUCUCCCACGUCCUACUUCAGCUACUCCAGCCACAGGAAUGUACAAUCAUCGAUUUGGACCUGUGCUCCAUUGAGGAUCGCGCUGAAAUUGCGCAAUGGAGUCCGCCAAUGCCUGCUGCCGCAGAGACCACCAUCCAUGAAAUGGUACAAGAGACAUCUCGCCAGCGCUGGAACGAGCUAGCUGUGCAAGCUUGGGAUGGAGAUUUGACAUACGGAGAGCUUGACACAGCGUCAACCAAAUUGGCUCGUCAUUUGCGCAGCAAGUUCCAUAUUGGCCCCGGUAGCUGUGUGCCCUUGACUUUCGAUCGUUCCAAGUUUGUGCCCAUCACCCAACUGGCAGUGCUAAAGGCUGGCGCUGCAUACAUUGGCACAGAGCCCUCGCAACCUAUCACGCGCCUUGAGAAAAUUUUUACUCAAGUUGAUGCGAAAUGCAUCCUUUCUUCGCCUAAUUGGAUUAGCAAGAUGUCAGAAAGCGUGGGGAAGGUUGUAUCCAUCAACCAGGAUCUGCUCGACAGUCUUCCGGAGCAGGAAGAGCAACUGCCAGCAGUAGAUCCAAAAUCAACCGCAGUUGUGAUCUUUACCUCCGGCUCCACGGGAACACCGAAGGGAAUUGUUAUGCGACACAUGGACUUGGCGUCGGCCAUCGUCGCUCACUCAGCGGGCAUGAAGAUCCCCGAGAGAACCAGAAUCCUGCAGUUCUCUUCAUUCAAUUUUGAUCAUUCCAUCUACGAGAUCAUGACAGCUCUCAUCGGUGGCUGUAUUGUGUGUAUUCCAACAGAGGAGGAGCGCAUGAAUGACCUCGCCGGCGUAAUGCGCCGGAUGCGUAUCCAAUUCCUCUACGCCACACCUACUGUAGCCAAGCUUCUCACGCCAAGCGAGGUCCCUGAUCUCGACACUCUUUAUUUGGGCGGUGAAGCCAUUUCUCAGAAUCUCCUCGAUCUUUGGAUCGCAGACAAGCGGGUUAUCGCUGGAUAUGGCCCAACAGAGGCGGGUAUGUGCGGUUUCUCCGAAUUCACAGCCGGGGAUGUUGCGAGCACAAUCCAUGUUUCGCAGGGAGGAAUGAACUGGGUUGUCGAUCCCAAUGACUAUAACAAACUGGUCCCGAUUGGAACUCCUGGUGAGCUCCUGCAAGAGGGUCCUAUGGUCGCUGCUGGUUAUCUGAACAACCCUUCCGCAACCGCACAGGCCUUUGUCGACCCGCCAUCAUUCCGACAGAACAGCAGAUCUCGAUUCUACAGGAGUGGUGAUCUCGCCCAGUACAACGCUGAUGGAACAUUCAAAUUCAUUGCUCGUAUUGACACUCAAGUGAAAAUUCGAGGCCAGCGGGUGGAACUUGAAGAGGUUGAGGAUCACCUGCAACCCUUGGUAUUGCCAGACCUGGCCUUCUGCGUCGACGUCGUCCACCUCCAGGGAGCAACUUCAGAUGCACUCGCUGUGUUUUUAGCCCCGGUAGAAAACCAGGAAUCGAACAACGUCGGUGAGGUUUCCCUCGCUGCACAGAGUGAUGUUUCACGGUGGCAAAAAUUGUCGAUGCGAAUCGAGUCCGAAAUGGCCCAGAGAUUGCCAGUGUACAUGGUCCCGACGGUAUUCCUCCCUCUGUCAACGAAAUUCAGUUUGACGGCGUCUGGAAAACUCGAUCGCAAGAAGUUGCGCCUCUUUGCAGCCACUCUCACACCGCAGGAUAUUGCGCCUUUCCGCAAACCCCAGGCAACACUCCCCAUAUCCACCUCUAUGGAAGCCCAGCUCUGUGAUGUCUGGCGAAGAAUACUUGGAAUCGACCAGUUAAGCGAUGCGUCUGCAAACUUCUUCAGCCUAGGCGGGGACUCAAUUGCUGCUAUUCGGAUGGUGUCCCUUUGUCGUUCCGAAAGUUUGAGUCUCACAGUGCAGACCAUUUUCGCGAAUCCCAUCCUGUCCGACAUGGCACUUGCCGUUGAAAUUCCGAAUGGUUCAGGAGGCCUUGAUCUUGAAGCGUUUCUUUUGGCUGAGAAUCGCCUGGAUGAAUUGCGUCAAUGUGCCACUAGGCAAUGCGACAUCCAAGAUGACACCAUUCAAGAUAUUUUCCCUGCGUCACCAUUACAGCAAGGGUUGAUCGCCCUUUCGGUCAAGACACCGGGUCUAUACCUGGUGCAGAAGAUCUUCCAGUUAACAGGGAUGGAUGUGGAUCGGAUGAUGCAGGCUUGGAAUACCGUUGCUCAGCGUAGCGCGCCCUGUUUGAGUACUCGUAUCUUUGAGGACGAGUCUGCAGAUCUAUGGCAAGUGAUCGUCAAGGAAGACUUGCAGUGGACAGUGGUGACAGACGACGUGGAAUCCUAUCUUCAGCGCGAUCUUGAGAGCCCCAUGUCAUUGGGAGCGCCGCUAAGUCGAUUCACAGUGGUUCACGAUCCUAUAGCUGGGCCCGUGCUUGCAGUCACAAUACACCAUGCUGUUCAUGAUGCCUGGUCUCUCGAAUUACUCCUGCGGGAUUUUGAGCGCGCCUACCGUAACGAAGUCAUCGAAUCUAGUCCAAAUUUCGCGGGACUGAUCGCGCAUCUUCAACAGAUUGAUGUGAAUACCAUGCGCGAUGGCUGGCAGCAACAACUUGAUGCCGCUCCACUGACACCUUUCCCUGAGAUCCCCAGGGGAUAUAUUCCCAAGCCGAACGCCUUCGUGGACCUCCAGUUUAAGCUGCCGGUGGUUCACGAUGCCGCAGAAUCUGACAUUCCAGCUGCGAUCAAGAUCCGUGCAGCAUGGGCCUUACUCCUGUCUAGCUUCGUCGGUUCAGAUGAUGUCAUUUUCGCAAACACGAGCAAUGGACGUGGUGCACCGGUUGCUGGUAUUGAGGAGAUGAAGGGGCCAACAAUCGCUACUUUCCCCGUGCGAGUCAAGUUGCAGCGUGAUCAGACCUUGCGCGCGUUCUUUCGAGACCUUCAAGUUCAAUCUGCUACCCUGCUGGGGCUGGAGCACUACGGUAUGCAGAACAUUCGCAGCCUCAGUGAAGACGCUCGUAUUGCUUGUGAUGUUCAAUCUCUGCUUCUCGUUGAGUAUGACUCCGAGGAGGCGCAUUCUCGUCUGCUUCAAGAAACUCGCAGAAGAGCGGGUGUGGCAUUCCAUUCCUUUGCAUUUGGUCUCCGAUGCACAAUUUCCACCCGGAAAGAGGUCACUCUUGAGGUGAACUGGGAUGAAAGUGUUCUGAGUUACGAACGCGUCCAGCUCAUCUUGAAUCAACUCCAACACGUCGUGGAGCGCGUCUUUUCUAUAAGCCCCAACACCCGCGUGAAAGAUAUCGACCUGGUCGGCGCAGUGGACAUAACGACCCUCGCACAGUGGAAUGCGAUCUCUCCUGUUACGCAAUCAGAAUGCCUACACCGUCGAUUUGAGCAGAUUGCUUGCAUGUAUCCCAGCAACAUUGCUGUCGACUCCUGGGAUGGCAAGCUCACUUAUCGCGAGCUAGAUGUCAAGUCCACUCGACUCGCACAGCAUCUCAUUCAACAGGAGGGACCUCGAGAAGGGGAACCCGUGCUCAUCUCUUUUGAAAAGUCGAUGUGGACUGUGGUAGUACUCCUGGCAGUCAUGAAAGCUGGCGGAGCUUGUGUGAUGCUUGAUCCAACACUUCCCAAAGAACGUCUGCAGCGCGUCAUGCAGAAAAGCCAAGCACGAACUCUCAUUGCCUCGCCACUUCAGAUGGAAGAAUUGUGCCCCAUUGGGUAUUCCUUGGUGACUGUAUCCGCAGAAGAGAUGGCCAUCUUGGAACAAGAUCACGCCCCAGCACAUGAUAUCGAUUCAAGCCACGGUUCCCCCGAAAGCCUCGCCUUCGUCGUUUUCACUUCCGGUACUACAGGCGAGCCCAAGGGUAUUGAGAUCUCACAUCAGGCUGCGUGUAGCAGCAUCGAAGCUAUUGCCUCAGUCAUGGAGAUCAGCACAGCCUCUCGUGUUGUUCAGUUUGCGCCCUAUGCAUUCGACGCAUUCUUCGGAGAAGUCUUUGCCAUGCUACUCCGUGGUGGAUGUUUAUGUUGCAUUACCGAUGAAGAGCGUAACAACAAUCUUUCGAAGUCUCUCCAAACUUUGAAUGUGAAUUGCGCUUUCCUGACUCCAACUGUUGGUGCAUCACUCGAGCCGGCCGAAUUGCCUCAACUGGAAUUCUUAGCGAUGGGCGGCGAGCGCAUGACGGAGGAAUGCACACGGAAGUGGGGUGAACGCAACUUGAUGAACGUUUACGGACCAGCGGAGACGACAAUCAUGUGCUCUGCUUUCCGCGGUAUCACAUCCUCCGAUGAUGUUUCUAACAUCGGUCGCUCUGUUGGCGCAAGAUUGUGGAUUGCGAAGAAAUCUGACUUCAAUCAACUGGUCCCCAUCGGAACAGUUGGCGAAAUCCUCGUCGAAGGCCCAACGCUGGCGAAGGGAUACCUGGACGAUGAAGCUAAAACUCGUCUGGCAUUCGUCAAUGGUCCUCGUUGGACACUUGAUGGGCCCCUAGCGCCUCUGUUCGAAGGCAGUGAGCGCCGAUUCUACCGGACAGGUGACAUGGCACGAUACAAUACCGAUGGCACAUUGCAGAUCAUGGGUCGAGACGAUUUGCAGGUCAAGAUUCGUGGACAAAGAGUCGAGCUCGCUGAAGUGGAAAGCCACUUACAGCGCAAUCUACCAGCGAGUGUUCAAGUCGCAGCCGAUGCCAUCAAGAUGAACGAGGAGCAGAAUGAUGCAGCCAUCAUCGGGUUCAUCGUCCUGGAUUGUGUGGAUUCUGAGCAUCCCAUGAUUGCGACGUCAAGUGAAGCCCGACGAGAAUUGAAAUCCCUGACUGAAGGACUAGAUGCAAAGCUUUCGAUGUCAUUACCGCCGUACAUGGUUCCUAGCAUCUUCUUGCCUCUGACACGCCUGCCUCAUACCGCCACGAACAAAAUAGAUCGCAGUUGUCUUCGGCAGCUUGCCUCUGGUCUCUCUCGGAACGAGCUGAUUUCCUUCUCUCGUGCAGGGACUAGCCAUGCCCCACCCUCUACGCCUGGAGAGAAACGAAUGCACGCACUCUGGGCACAGGUCUUGGGCUUGCGACCAGAUGAGAUCUUUGUCCAGGACAAUUUCUUCCGCCUUGGUGGAGACUCCAUCAGUGCCAUGAAGCUUGUCACUCGCGCGACGGCAACCAACUGGCGAUUCCAGGUGCUUGAUGUUUUCAGAAACCCGAUCCUCGCAGACUUGGCGCGCGUGGCCCAAGAUGUGGAGGAUCAGGAACAAGAGGUGCUGAAACCAUUCCAGCUGCUUCAGUUAACUGGCGAGUCUAUCGAAACCACGCUGGACAGGGCAAGUGAGAUAUUGGGAGUCACUGUGGACGAUAUCCAAGAUGUUUACCCGAGUACCCCAUUACAGAAUGCUCUCAUGGCCCUGUCGGCCAAGGAGCCCGGUACAUACUUCGGGCAAAUGGUCAUCAAGCUCCCCAGAACGAUGGAUCUUGAUCUCUGGCGAAAGGCGUGGAUGACCAUCUAUGAUCGCACACCAAUGCUUCGCACAUCUGUCUUCCACGCCCCAUCAGGUGGACUCAUGCAGGCUGUCGUGCGCUAUGACGAGCACUGGGGUACUGAGGUUGAUUUGCAAGACUACCUCUGGCGUGACAAGCGCGCGCCCAUUUCCGUUGGCGAGCCCCUGGUGCGAUAUGCCUUGAUCGAAGACCCCACUGGCCGUGGAAACCCGCAUUUUGUGCUCUCCAUGCAUCGCGCAGCGUAUGAUGAAUGGUGCCUGCUGCGAAUGGUUGAAGAUCUACAGAAGACUUUCUCAAGCUUCUCUCUUGACCCUGUGGUUGGUUACAAUACUUUUGUCAAGUCCUUCCUGGAGACAGACAAUGGCCCUUUGGAACAGUAUUGGAAGAAUCAGAUGCAGGAUGCUCCAACCAUGGCUUUCCCUCGUCUGCCAGAUAUCUCGUAUCGACCGGCCGCAAACUCUCACUUCACCACCAACAUUCCCCUGACGAUGCGGCAGUGCGACUACACGACAUCAACGUUCAUUCGUUCUGCGUGGGCUUUGUUGCUUGCCCGAUAUGCCGAUGAUACCGACGACGUCGUGUUUGGCGCAAGUUUGAACGGUCGCUCUGCACCUGUUGAAGGUAUCCAGGCAGUCUUUGGCCCUACUACCGCCGUGGUCCCAGUCCGUGUGCAGAUAAACAAGCAGUCGCAGACGGUCGAUGGCUUCCUGCGCCAGAUCCAUGAACAGGCUCAAGAGAUGAUGGCAUUUGAGCAGUACGGCAUUUACAAUAUUAGCAAGCUUUCUGAGGAUAUCAAGUCCGCCUGCGACUUUCAGACUCUUUUGAUGAUUCAAACAGAGGCUGAAUCUGGUCACGCUGCCACAGGUGGGGAUCUGGGCAUGCAAGUCGUCAGUAACUCAUUUGCAGGUCCAUUCCAUACAUUUUCCAUGAGUCUGGACGUUGUCAUUGCCGCAGACAAAUGUCGAGUCACCAUUGAAUAUGACGCGAAUUUGAUCGAUGCCGAGGAGAUCCAGCGUCUAUCGGCGCAGCUACAACAGGUUUUCGAAUUGUUGCACGAUCCUGCCCUGGCUGAUACGAAACUGUCCGAUCUCGACUUCGUCAGCAGUGGCGACAUAGCGCAACUUGCACUGUGGAAUACACCCCCUCCCACACCUCAAGAUGAUCUUGUACAUGCCACUUUCCAGAGGAGAGCGUCCAUUCAGCCCGAAGCGCCGGCUGUCCGCUCAUGGGAAGGCGAGCUCACAUAUGCUCAACUCGAUAUUCAGUCUUCAGCGAUCGUUCCUGAAUUGAUAGAACGUGGCCUGGUACCAGGAAUGAAAGUGCCAUUGUUGUUCGAAAAGUCCAUCUACACAGUUGUGACGAUGCUAGCACUGCUCAAAGCUGGAGCCACCUGUGUGUCCCUUGACCCUGCUCAUCCCCUGGAGCGAUUGCAGGGACUCGUGAGGGAUGUCGACGCAACGCUGGUUUUGUCGAGUCGUCGCUGGUCUGAAAAAGCAUUGUCGUUGAGUAGCUCAACAUUCAUAGUUGAUGAAGAAUCCAUUUCCGAGGCGGAGAUCAAGUAUCCAACAUCGUCAAUCAUGGUCUCCAAUACCGUGAAAUCAACCGAUACGGCAUUCAUUCUCUUUACCUCUGGCAGUACAGGUAAACCCAAGGGAAUUCUCAUCAGCCACUCGGCGUUCACCAGCAGUAUUGUCGGACAUGGUGAGACUCUGCGCUAUGGCGGCCCCGGCUCUUGUAAUCUGCAAUUCACUGCAUACACCUCCGACGUGAGCAUUGGUGAAAUUUUCACAUCCUUAUCCGUCGGCGCAUGUGUUUGCAUCCCUUCCGAUGCCGAGCGUAUGAACGGCCUUGCUGAGGCGAUGGAGCGCAUGAAUGUCAACUGGGCGUUCCUGACACCCAGUGUGGCCUCGUUGCUACAUCCGGCCGAUGUGCCUUCUCUCAAAACCCUUCUGUUUGGGGGAGAAACCGCCACUGUUGAGAAUGUCAAGACAUGGGCUCCAGCUGUGUAUCUCAUCAACAGUUUCGGUCCAGCGGAAUGCUCUAUUUGGACUCAUUGCAGUCCUGGCAUCUCACCAUCAGCCUCCGGUCAUAAUAUUGGCUUCGCCCUUGGAUGCAACACCUGGAUUACCGACCCGGUCGAUCAUAACAAGCUUGCACCCAUUGGUACCAUUGGUGAGCUGGUAGUCGAGGGUCCCAAUGUUGCUGAUGGGUAUCUUAAUGAACCAGUCAAGACAGCAGCUGCCUUCAUUGAUGCUCCAGCAUGGUUCGCCCGCGUCGCGAAUCGCCCAGCUGGUAAGCUCUACAAGAUGGGUGAUCUUGUACGGUACCUCCCCAACGGUCAAGUACACUAUGUUGGUCGACGUGAUACGCAGGUCAAACUGCGCGGCCAGCGUGUGGAGCUUGGUGAGAUUGAGCAUCGACUGCGCGAAACAAUGCCAGACAUCGCAGAAGUGGCUGUGGAAAUGGUUCGUCCAGCAAAUGGAACCGCCCCACCGAUGCUGAUGGCAUUUUUGAGCGUCGCUACCGAUGUUGAUUAUUCGAAAGCGGGCGAUGUGCUUCCAGAAAUUGCAUCUUUGCAAAGCGAGCUUACUCGGUACCGCGAGGCCAUGAAGGGAGCCAACGCAAAGCUUCCAGAUCGACUGCCUAUGCACAUGAUCCCAUCAGCAUAUGUUCCCCUGCGAUUGAUGCCCUUCACAGCUUCCGCUAAGACUGACCGUGGCAAGUUGCAGAAGAUCGCUCGAGGACUUUCCCGCGAGGAUAUCUCGCAGUUCUCACUUGAGGCGCACAAGAAGGCUGCCCAGCCCCCGACGACAGAUAUGGAGCGCCUGCUGCAUGGAUUCUGGGCUCAGGUCCUCAACUUGGCACCCGAGUCAUUCGGGCGUGAUGAUAACUUCUUCCGCGUCUCAGGCGACUCGAUCAUGGCCAUGCGACUUGUCGCUCUUGUUCGAACCGCUCAUCUUGACCUGACUGUCGAGGCAAUCUUCUCCAAUCCAGUCCUUUCUGCUAUGGCGUUGGCUACCACCCAGCUGCAGGUCGCAAAUACCGAGUUGCAGGAGUUUGCACUCAUCAGCGAUAUUGCGGUGCUUCGUCGAGAAGCCAGCAUUGCUUGUCAGAUUCCUGAUAGUGCCGUCGAGGACAUCUACCCGACUACAGCACUGCAAGAAGGUUUGUUGGCUCUCGCGCAGAAGGAAACUGGCUCUUACAUGGCUCAAUUCGCAUUCGAGAUCCCUGAUCGGAUUGACAUGGGUCGCCUUCGUGCCGCCUGGGAGACCGUUUACCAGCAGGUACCAAUUUUGCGUACGCGCCUAUUCCCCAGCGCGCAACAUGGUACUAUGCAAGUUGUCGUCCAAGGUCAACUCCGGUGGCGCGGUGGAAAUAAUAAGGCUGCAUAUCUGGAGAAUGAUCGCCGUGCCGGAAUGAGAACAGGUCAACCUUUGUCGCGAUUCGCGAUUGUUGAAGAUCGCAUUUUGGUCUUCACCGCCCACCACGCGAUUUAUGAUGGCUGGUCCGUUCAGCCAAUCUACCGACGUGUCGAAGAGAUAUAUCACGGUUUAAACACCAAACCACCCAUUCACUUCAACACUUUCAUUCAUCAUGUCCUUUCGGUUGACCCUAAAGCGUCAGAGGAGUUUUGGAGAUCCCAGUUGGACCGUGUCCCACCUCCAGUCUUCCCAGUCUCCAUUGUCAACCGUCAACAUCGCUAUGAGGAUGCGUAUAUUCAUCACGAUGUAGCUUUCACCAAGCGUGCAGGCUCUGAAAUUUCCAGAGCGACGCUCGUUCGAACAGCCCUGGCACUGGUGCUUGGACGUUACUCAGACCUUGACGAUGUUGUCUACGGCACCACCACCAGUGGACGUGCUGCACCUGUUGAUGGCAUUCAUGACAUCGCGGGUCCAACAUUGGCGACUACUCCCAUGCGUGUUGCCUUCCAGUCUGAAAUGAGACUUCAAACAUUGCUUGAAAAUGUUCAGAAACAGGCCUUGGAAAUGAUACGUUAUGAGCAGAUUGGUUUGCAAAAUAUCAGACGUCUCUCUUCCGACGCAAAAACCGCUUGCGACUUCCAAACUCUCCUCGUCAUCCAGAAUCCCGAGGAUGAUGUUAAUCGCGGGCAUGCUACUUUCCUCGGAUGCCCAACUGCAAACAAAGACUUCUUCAAGCCCUUCCACACUUACCCUUUGGUACUGCAGUGCACUUUCAAUCCUACCGGCUACUCCUUGGACCUCAACUACGACCUUUCUUUAAUCCCUGAGUCACAAGCCCAUCGGAUUCUGGAGCAUUUCUCAUAUAUUGUGGAGCAACUUGACACAGACUUGGGGGACAGACAAGUUCAAUCACUUGAUUUGAUGGUUCCCGCGGAUUAUGCUGAUAUUGGCAUGUUCAACCAGACCACCACGCAGCCUGUGGAGCGUUGUCUGCACCAGCUCGUCGAAGACAUCGCUCACCAACUGCCAGAUACUGACGCGAUUGCGUCUUGGGACGGAGUUCUGUCGUAUGAUCGGCUUGAUUAUCUGACAUCCCAACUUGCGGCCAAGCUACUUGCCUCACACGACAUCCCAGCCGGGUCUUUUAUCCCUGUUUGUUUCGAGAAAUCCCUGUGGGCCAUCAUUUCAAUGAUCGCCAUCAUGAAAUCCGGGGCUGCCUAUUGUCCUUUGGAUCCACACCAUCCACCCGAGCGUCUGCGCGAAAUUUUGGAAGACGUCAAGGCGCCAGUCAUUUUGUCUUCGUCGGCAAAUGCAGCCCUGUUCUCGGACUACGUGAUCCCUACUGUUGUAGUUUCUCAUGCCCUCUUCGAAGACGAAAAAGUUUCUCCGAGACCAAAUGUGACCGUCAACCCAUCUCAUCCAGCGUAUUGCUUCUUUACGUCUGGUAGCUCAGGAAAACCCAAAGGUGUCAUCACUUCUCACCGAGCCAUUGCUACGAGCGUCUCGAACCACGGUGUAUUCGGCUUUAACCGCAAGCCACGAAUCAUGCAAUUCACAGCCUUCACAUUCGAUAUCUCCGUUGUUGAAAUAUUCUCCACUCUCGUUCAUGGAGGAUGCAUCUGCAUUCCGUCCGAAGACCAACGACUCGGCGAGAUUGUGCCCAUUAUGAACGACAUGAAGAUCAACCUUGCCAUUCUGACUCCUUCUAUUGCUCGAAUUCUCUCUCCAGAACAGCUUCCCCACCUGGACCAGCUUAUUCUUGGUGGAGAACCCAUCCGAAAAGACUUGAUUGAACGAUGGGCUGGGAAGGUGCGUCUUGUCAACGGUUAUGGUGUAACUGAGGCAUCUGUUUGCAAUGUCAUUUGCGACAUUGACAGCCCAAGCUUCUCAGAGCGAACCAUUGGUACUGCCCUGGCUAGUACCAGCUGGCUUAUCGAUCCCAAUGACCAUGAUCGUCUUGUCCCGGUUGGCCUCACAGGAGAACUGGCUAUUGAAGGACCGAUUGUCGCCGACGGUUAUCUCAAUGAUCCAGUCAAGACAUCCGCGGCUUUCAUUGAGAAUCCCACAUUCCUUGCACAGUUUCCCAACAAGCAACAUGGAUCUGACCGUCGCCGUAUUUACAAGACUGGUGAUCUUGUUCGUUACCAGCCUAAUGGUUGUAUCGACUUCAUUGGCCGCAAGGACACUCAAAUCAAGCUGAAUGGCCUCCGUAUCGAGCUGGGAGAGAUCGAAUAUCGCGUACGAACUGCGCUGGGCCCCUUGCCCGAUUUCGCCGUCGAAAUUGUUGCUCCAGAGGGACGCGUUGAAAACCGCACCAUCGCACUCUUCCUCUCUGCCAGCGAUAGCCAUGAGGAUCCUCAACCCCUGAUUCGCACUCUUGAUUCUGAUUUGCGACAGACGCUGCCUUCAUAUAUGAUCCCGACCAUUUGCUACUUCCUCGAGGAGAUGCCCCUACUGGUUUCCGGUAAGGUUGACCGUCGGGCGUUGCGUACCUUCUCCCUUAAUGCUACGCCUGUUUCCCUACAGCAUCAAGUGGCAGUCGAAGCUCUGCAACCCGUCGAAACUGAAGCCGAAAUGACUCUCCAGGUCAUGUGGGCAAAACUUCUUUCUCUUGACCAUGAUAGCAUUGGCCGGAAUAGCUCUUUCUUUCGCAGUGGUGGUGAUUCACUUGUCGCUGUGAAACUGGUUUCCAUGGCUCGUGAGCGGAAUAUCUAUCUCAGCGUGGCGACAAUCUUCGAGAAACCUGUCCUCUCUGAGAUGGCGCUGGCUAUGACUGCGUCCACGGGUGGUCUCAUUCACGAGCCACCAUCCUUUUCCCUCAUUCACCGUGAGUCUGUGAGUAGCCUACUGCAGGAGGCGGCACGUCAAUGUGGAGUCGCCAUGCAUGACAUCGAGGACAUGUAUCCCACCACUCCCCUCCAGGAAGGAAUGAUGGCUGCUUCAAUCCAGGACCCUGGAACAUACAGCGCGCACUUUGCUUAUCGACUGGCGCCAUUCCUUGAUGCUAAGAAAUUCAGUCAGGCCUGGCACUCUGUGAUGGAGCGUGCUAGUGUUACCAGAAUGCGCAUGGUCCACACAACCGAGUCUGGCUUUGUGCAGGUUAUCCUGCGACGACCCAUCGAGGUAGAAUUUGUUGUCUCCAACGACCUCGAGCAGUACAAACGUGACCAACUUCGCCGAGUCAUGGAUCUCGGAAAGCCAUUGUACCGUAUGGCAAUCUUAGGAGAGGGUGGUGAUGGUGGUGCAACUCGCUAUUUCGUCUUGACGAUGCACCAUGCCGCCUAUGAUGGCUGGAGUACCACCAACCUCUGGCGCAAUGUCCAAGAGGCUUACUAUGAUAUGAACCAAUCACCUAUUUUGGGGCCAAACCAUCUAAUCCGCUAUCUGGAUGUUCAAGGUGAGGCCGAGACCCUCAAGUUCUGGAAGGAUUUCCUCGAGCCAGCGGCACCCCCGUCGUUUCCUGCUCUGCCCUCGGUUGGCUAUCGCUCUGUGGCUGAUUCAGAGCUCACAACCAACAUCCGAUUCUCGAUGCCUGCUCAAGCAGACAACACUGUCGCGACCGUGCUGCAAGCUGCAUGGGGUAUGUUAUUAUCUUUGCAUGAAGGGUCCCAGAACGUCACUUUUGGCGUCGUCGUCAGUGGACGUACAACGCCCAUCCCCAGCAUCGAGAACAUGGUCGGCUCAACCAUCGCCAACUUCCCAUUCCGCGUGUCCUAUGAGCGUGAGCAGACAGUGACGGAAUACCUCGCUGCCAUCAAGAAGAGCACCACCGAUCUCAUCCCCUACCAGCAAGCGGGAUUCCAAAACAUUCGAAAGGUCAGCCCAGAAGCUCGCGCCGCCUGUGCCUUGCGCACUCUAUUAGUGUUCCAAGCUACAGGAUCAGCAUCGCUGAAUCUAGAUCUUGGUAUGGGCAUCGAACCAUUGCCCGUCACCGUUGCCGGCUUGUACACAUUCCCAAUCACCAUGACCUGUUCCCAAGAGUCCACAGGUAUCUCCGUUAAUGUCUCCUACGAUUCGCAUGUGAUUUCAUCGACGCAAAUCCACCAGCUUCUCGGUCAGUUCGAACACUUGCUCGAUAUGCUCGCCAACCUACCCACUACAGCGCCAAAUACCCAGCUGAAGGACAUCGAUCUCAUCGGCCCCUCGGAUAUGAACCAGAUCGCACAAUGGCACAACAACGACAAGGUCGAACCUAAUGAGCGUACUAUCCAUGCCAUGAUUCAUGAUCAGGCCCUUAUGCGACCAUCUGCAUCGGCCAUCACCUCUUGGGACGGUACACUGACGUACUCCGAAUUGGACGAUCUCUCGGACCGCCUAGCGCAGCACCUUGUUGGACUUGGUGUUCAACCAGAAACCUUCGUUGGCUUUGCAUUCUACAAGUCCAUCUUCAGUAUUGUCGCAAUCGUCGCCAUUUUCAAGGCUGGUGGUAUUUGGACACCCCUCAAUCCUGCCCAUCCGCAGACUCGCCUUGCAUCAUUCCUGAGUCGGUUGUCAGCCUCGGUGAUGAUUACCAUCCCGAGCCUUACACACCUGUUUGCUGACACUGGAGUCCAAAUGGUGACUGUCACCAAGGAAUCCCUUGAAGCACUGCCACCUCUUCUGCCUACUUACCGUGCUCCUACUGUUGUCUCUACGAAUGCAGCCUAUAUCAUGUUUACAUCUGGUAGUACCGGCGAACCUAAGGGUGUGGUGGUCGAACACCGCAACGCCUGCUCUGGUUUGCCUGCACAAGCCGCACUUCAGGGCAAGACAUCAAAUUCACGUUAUUUACAAUUCGCCGCGUUCACUUGGGACUUCUGUGUUGGGGAGAUAUUCGCUAACCUUGUCAGCGGCGGUUGUGUCUGCAUGCCUUCUGAAGAAGAUCGUCUCAACGACCUUGCUGGGGCCAUCGCUCGUCUCAACAUCAACCAAGCCUCUCUGACACCUACUGUCGCAAGUCUCCUGUCACCCGGAGCCGUGAAGCUCGAAACUCUUUCCCUCGGUGGGGAGGCUCUAACUCAAGAACUCAUCAAUACCUGGGCAGACAGUGUGCGAUUAAUCAAUGUCUACGGUCCCACAGAGUGCACUGUUUGGUGUACUGGAAAGUCUGGCCUCCGCCAUGGAGGCUCCCCGGCCAACAUUGGAUCUGGACUGAACUGUUCCAUAUGGAUUGCCGAUAGUGAGAAUUACAACCGCUUAGUGCCCAUAGGGGCUGUCGGUGAAAUUCUCGUGGAUGGCCCUGUGGUUGCAAGGGGAUAUUUCAACGACCAAGUCGCAACCGACAAAGCCUUCCUGGAAGCCCCUGAUUGGGCGUUAAAAGCAAACUCCUCUCCUCGCCGCAUUUACGCCACAGGUGAUUUCGGAAUGUACGAACAAGAUGGCACUAUUCGUGUCCUUGGUCGUCGAGAUGCACAGGUCAAGUUGAAUGGACAACGAGUCGAUCUUGGAGAAAUCGAUUUCCAGCUUCACCGUAUCAUUGGCGGUUCUUCUUCGCCGGCCACUGAGGCCGUUAAAUUGGAGAACAGAGGCCGACCUUUCUUGAUUGCAUUUGUGCCCUUGACUGUUGCGAACCCAGUCGAUGAUUCUCUUGUCAUUCUCAGCGGCGAAGAGGCUCAAGCUAGUCUGCAUGCAAUUGUUGACGGAGUCCAGCGCGACCUUGCCAAGGUACUGCCUGAGUUUAUGAUUCCCCGUUUCUUCGUCCCUGUCAAUCGCAUUCCGACUUCAAGCAAUCUCAAAAUCGAUCACAAAGCACUCCAUGCCCUCUGUGCCAGUUUGACGGUUCCCGACCUGACGAAGCUGGCUGUAACCCCUGGACUCGGUGAAAUGCAUGAGCCUGCGAGUGAAAAGGGUCUCAAACUCCGUGAACUCUGGGCGCAAGUCUUGGAACUCAGCGAGAGCGAUAUUUCUGGCCAAGACAGCUUCUCGGCUGUCGGAGGUGAUUCCAUGGCUGCCGUCAAGCUUGUUUCUCUGGCCAGAUCCCAUGGAUAUGCUCUCACGGCGGACAAGAUCCUGCAGAACCAAGUUCUCGACGACAUGGCCUUAUUGAUGGAUCCCAUCACUGCCGAUGACACAGCUGUCAUCCCACCCUUGUCUUUGGUGCCAAAUGAUAAGGACAUCGACCAACUUCAGAAGGAAGUUUCCACGCUUUGCAGCCUCCCCAUCGACUCUAUCGAGGACAUAUAUCCUGCCACACCAGCGCAAAUUGGCUUCCUCACGAUCUCUUUGACUCGCCCGGGUGUCACUUGUCUGAUGACAGCCUUUGAAGCGCCCGCUUCAGUCGACCUUGAUCGUCUGAAGGCAGCCUGGGAACGCACCACCCAUGCUCAUGCGGUGCUCCGUACUCGUGUCGCCCAGCUUGCCGACGGAAGUUGGAUGCAGAUCGUUGAAAAGCCUUCACCUACAUCCUGGCGUUCUGCUCCGACAAUUUCAGCUUACUACGACCAGGAACUCAAGGAUGCGACCGGACCUGGAACGCCUCUUAGUCGCGCCGGGUAUGUCAUCGAUGAAAAUACCGGCAAACGCUAUUUCAUCACCACUGCUUGCCACUCUACAUACGAUGCUUGGGCAUACGCACUUCUGUUCGCUACUCUGGAACGAGAAUACUUGUAUGACGAUGCCAAUCACGAGCCAGAGGUUCCCAUGAACCGCUUUGUUCGCUAUCUGCAAAACAAAGACCAGGAUGCGCAGGAUGAAUUCUGGCGCUCCCAGCUAGCCGAUUAUACUCCCCCACCCCCUCUUGCGACGCCUCCGUCCGACCCAUCCCAGUGCGAGGCCAAUUCCAUUUGUGAUCUUGAGGUGCAUCUUGAACCUCACCGACUCCGUUCCGACAUCUCCAUGCCAACCGCCAUUUAUGCCUCAUGGGCACUUGCACUUUGCCAAAUGCUCAAUGUCGAGGAUGUCACACUUCUUCUAACUUUGAGCGGACGUAACGCCCCCGUGGCGGAGAUUGAACAAAUCAUCGGCCCUAUUCUCACAACUGUCCCAUUGCGCAUUCGCGUCGAUCCUCACAAGUCGAUUCAAAACCUCCUCCUCAACAUUGAGUCUCAGUGUCGAACCAUCAUUGCACACGAACAGUGCAGCAUUCCCCACAUUGAAACUCUUUCUUCUUCUGCUAAACAGGCAUGCGAACUCGCGUUUGGAUUGACCGUCAAUCCCUACAACCACCACAAAGCCGAUAUCGGCAGUGGAAUCGGCCUCGUUAGACCCCUUCGUCUACCCGUGGCAAACAGUCCUAAUCCGUUCUUCCUCGAUUGCGCUGUUUCCGACUUUGGAGUCGAUGCAUUUGCUCUGUUUGAUGAUCGGGUGGUCUCCAGAUCCCUUGUGAAGACCUUCUUCGCGCACUUCGAGAACAACCUCCGCCAUGCGACUGAGGGCGCGGGAGACCUUCUUGUCAAAGAUAUUCAGCUGCAGCCAAGCUUGCUUGAGGAUGACGGACAAAUCCUGCGGAUGGUGACGCAGGCUUCCGGUCUGGGAUACGAUCCAGUCUCUAAGGAGAUCAUAAAUGUCUACGAGGCAUACCAGAAGGGCGGUGUCUUGGAGAAUGGUUUCAAGGCCUUGGAUGAAAGUGGUCGUGGAAGAGGACCUAUCAAGAGUCAGCAUGGCCAGUACCUGAAGUAG